AAUCUCACAUGAAGCGAAAUCGAGAGUAAAAUAUUAGACACAUAAUGACGUAAAGCAAUCUAACGCCAAUUUUUGUGCUUAAAAUGGAAGAUGAGAUACUCUCCAAUCGGUUUGGUGUUAUCGUUUUCUUCAAUUCCAGUCAACAUUUCUCCAAUAUAUAAAGAUUGACACGCACUAUCACACCGUCGGAAACGCGCAGAUGGGAGUUGCAGAGAGAGACAUCGAUGAUCUCCCCAAGAACACUGCUAACUACGCGCCGCUCACGCCGCUCACCUUUCUGGAGCGGGCCGCCCUCGUCCACCCGACCCGGAAAUCCAUCAUCCACGGCUCCCUCACCUACACGUGGCAGCAGACUUACCGUCGAUGCCGCCAGCUCGCCUCCGCCCUCGCAACCCGCGGCGUCACCUUUGGCAGCACUGUGGCAGUUAUUGCGCCAAACAUUCCAGCCAUGUACGAAGCCCAUUUCGGGGUUCCUAUGUCCGGUGCUGUACUGAACGCCGUCAAUGUUCGUCUAAAUGCGCAGACCAUAGCUUUUCUUCUUGGACAUUCACAGUCUGCAGUCAUUAUGGUUGAUCAAGAGUUCUUCACUUUAGCCGAGGAAUCUCUGAAAAUUAUAGCAGAUACGCAGAAAGAAAAGUUCAAGGCUCCGAUUCUGAUCGUGAUCGCGGAUGAGAACUGCGACCCUAAGUCACUGCAUUAUGCACUAGGAAGAGGAGCCAUCGAGUACGAGAAGUUUAUGGCAACUGGCGACGCAAACUUUGAGUGGAGGCCACCACAAGACGAGUGGCAGAGCAUCACCUUGGGCUAUACCUCAGGCACGACGGCUAGUCCUAAGGGAGUCGUGCUGCACCACCGUGGGGCAUAUCUCAUGGCUCUGAGCAACCCCGUUGUGUGGGGAAUGCAAGAAGGCGCUGUUUAUCUUUGGACUCUACCGAUGUUCCAUUGCAACGGUUGGUGCUUCACUUGGAGUCUCGCAGCACUUUGUGGAACGAGCAUAUGCCUUAGACAGGUCACAGCAAAAGGUGUCUACUCGGCUAUAGCAAAUCUGGGUGUGACUCAUUUUUGUGCUGCACCUGUGGUUCUCAACACCAUCGUGAACGCCCCGAAAAGCGAGACAAUCCUCCCCCUCCCUCGCACGGUCCAUGUGAUGACGGCCGGUGCUGCUCCACCUCCUUCAGUUCUCUUUGCAAUGUCGCAACAAGGCUUCCGAGUCACUCACACUUACGGGCUCUCUGAAACUUAUGGUCCCUCGACUAUAUGUGCGUGGAAGCCCGAGUGGGACUCGCUACCACCUGAAGAUCAAGCCCGUCUAAACGCGAGGCAAGGGGUCCGAUACGUUGCCCUAGAGGGUUUGGACGUCGUCCACACCGAAAACAUGACAGCUGUUCCUGCCGAUGGCAAGACGAUCGGAGAGAUUGUCUUCAGGGGCAAUGUUGUGAUGAAGGGAUAUCUAAAGAACCCGAAAGCGAACGCGGAGGCUUUUGCCAAUGGAUGGUUUCACUCCGGCGACCUAGCCGUGAAGCACCCCGACGGAUACAUCGAGAUCAGGGACCGAUCGAAGGACAUCAUCAUAUCCGGAGGCGAGAACAUCAGCAGCGUCGAGAUCGAGAACAUUCUCUACCAGCACCCCGCCAUAUUCGAGGUCUCGGUCGUGGCCCGGCCGGACGUGCGGUGGGGCGAGUCACCCUGCGCAUUCGUGACGCCCAAGCCGGACGUCGACGUGGCCAACCUGGCGGACGAUAUAAUGAAGUUCAGCCGCGCGAAGAUGCCGGCGUACUGGGUCCCCAAGUCCAUCGUGUUCGGGCCGUUACCGAAGACGGCCACCGGCAAAAUACAGAAGCACCUGUUGAGGAGCAAGGCGAAGGAGAUGGGGCCGGUGAGGAAGAGCAGGAUGUAACCGCUCGGUUGGGGCCUGAGACGGCCCCCACCGCGGGAAAAUUACCGGUUUAAAACUUCGUCAUUAAUGAUGCUAUCAAAUCUGUGUAACAUAUUUUGUGUUUAUCUUCAUAUGUUUGGGAUCAUUUUGGAGAACGUAACAUUCUAUGAUUUGGGUAAUGGAUAAUGUUGAUAGUCAGUUGGAAUAA